GUACAAACAGAUUCUGUAUCAGAGUACUCUAGUGAAACAGACGACUCUGAUGAGUCAGAAACGAAUUAUUCAACUUUCGACUCGAACAUGUUACCGGCUUCAAAGUUGCCUAUGAUGAAUCCUGUCUCAACAGCAGGAUGUACACCAAUGAAUGGACAAGGAGAUAACAACACUGGACAGUAUAUUUUACCGGUGGAUCAACACUGUACAAGCAGUCUUCUUCCUUCACCGUCAGUAGACAAAUCUGGUCACUUGAUACAAAGAUCGAACAUUUCCGGAAAGUAUUGUUCUUCACAGGUGCAUAACAAUUCACCAAUUAAAACUGUAAAUGGAAAUACCAGCAAUAAUAGUUACCUGACAGAUUGUGAUAAGCGUAAUAGUUCAGCUAGUCUAGACAGUGGUCGUGAUUCAACAUAUGCGACAGGAAGUGAAGGCAGCAGUGGAGUUCAAUGUCCUCAAUUGUAUUCAGAAGAUGGUUGUCCUCUUUCAACAGCAACAACAACAUCUUCUUCAUUCUUUUAUAAUAAUAAUCAACUGCAAAAGAAUAACAUCCUGACUGGUGCACGUAAAAUUAGCCAGAAUUCUAGUAGUUGUGCCUCAUUUGAUUAUACUUCAUUGCCUCCUGCAGCGACAAUGCCAACAUUUUUUAAUCAUGCAAACUCUACUACUUAUAAUGCAACUAGUAGUAGUAAUAACAGUAGUUUUAGUAAUUAUAGUAAAUUCGGUGUUACCGGCAGUAACAGUAAUCUGCUUAGCCAGUAUACACCAAAUCAACAAGCAAAUAAAGAUAAUACUUUAACCUCACCGAUACAUAAAUACAAUAGUAAUAGUUUUAAUAAUAAUAAUAUCGUACAUUGUAAUAAAAACUGUUGUACAACAGUCAAUAAUAAUAGAUCCUAUCAAUCACAGCAACAACAACCCUUUAUCACUCCACAUUCACCUUGCCAAGAAAGAGGUUUCAGUGACUUCAAAUGUACCCCGAAGAAUAUGCCGAUGAAUGUUUAUAAUCAUUCACAAUUUCCCUCAAGUGUACAACAGUAUGGUGCAGAAAAUCAGCCUUAUCAAGCAUCACUACACCAACACCAACAACAACAAAGUCAUAUACCAAUUCACUCGCUGUUUAUCAGUCCAGACGAUGAAGCACUUUUCGCUUGGCUAAGAUCAGUUGGUCUGAAUCGCUUAAGUGGAUGUUUAUCAAAAUCAGGUUUCGAUUUAUGGACAUUAUGUCAUACAACACCGGAGGAACUUAAUGCAUGUGGAAUAACCAAUCCGUAUGAUAGACAAAUGUUAAGAAAUGAACUUGCUAAACUCCAGCUAUCUGAUCCGAUUACAGAACAACAGUUACCUACAAGUGUUCAAGAUUUACUGAUUCAAUUGCAUCUACAACAAUAUUGGCCAAAAUUACGUGACCAGGGUUUGAUUACAUUUGAGCAGAUUGUUCGUAUCACAUGGGAUGAUUUAGAAGAGAUCGGUAUCUUAAAAUUAGGACAUCAAAAGAAGUUUAUCCUUGCUAUUCGUAAACUUAAUCGUCUAAUACACGAUCGUGUAUUUCUACCACCGGGAUUAGAUCAGCCUACCGGAGUGAAGUCAUCAGUCAAUAAGUCUUUUUCAUCGAAUGAUACUGUUUUUUCCUCACAAGCCUUAAGUUCACUAUUUUCAAGUAAACGUAAAGAAACAAGUUUUGAUCAAAUCUAUAAUGUCCAGUGUCAACCAGAUCAGUUAAUGCCUACAACAAGCGAAAUGAUAAAGGAUAAAAAAGAUAGUCAACAAAUGGCAAAACAUGACAUUUCAGAAAUCGGAAUACAAGUUGAAGAUAAUUUGAAUUCAUCACCGUCAUCGCAAUGUUCUUCUGCUUCAGCCACAGAUUCCUCAUCACCUGAAUCGCCAUACUGUCUUCCUCCACCGGUUGGUUUUCAAGACUCCCCGCCAACAUCAUCAUCAUCACCACCACUACCACCAGCCGUUUUGCCUUCUUCGUUAGAUGCACAAAAUUCCUCUACCUUAUGUACAGUAAAUGACCAGUUAUUGCCUAGUAUCACUUCUGCACCGCCUUCUUCAUCAUGCAGUGUUCAAUGCAUCACUGAUGUGAAUAAAGCAACAUUAAAUCAAACUGAAAGUAUCGACUCAACGCUUCCAUAUUCUUCUUCUCAAAAUCGUCAGUAUCACAGUCAACACAGUCGAAUAGAUCAACGAAAUAGAAGUGAACCAUUCAGUGUAUUUCGAAGACGUUCUUCAAAUCCGAAUUUAUAUUCACUAAGACCAAAUGGUACUGUACAAAAUACUAAUGACUUAUCAAAAUGGUCUUCAGAUUUCCUGGCAAGUGCUGAAUUACGACUUCCAACAAAGUAAGUUGAUAAAUUAAUAGAUGUUGCAUACUUAAUGAUAGUUUUACAUAUUCUAGGGUCUAGUGUUCUGCAAGUUAGGAUUUGUUUGGUCAAGUUUUUUAACUCUUAUCUAGUUCUAAUUUUCUUUUCUGAUCUCUUUGAGCUCCAAUUAUAACA